ACAUAGUUCAGCGACUGAAUUUGAAAACCUUCUUGCCUGUAGUGUUGGGGUUACCUUGGAAAGCAACAGUAAACUGAAUUUAAAAAGAGUAAAUAAACUUCAACAGGAACAAAAUGGCGCCCAGGAAAAGAGCCACUAAUGCUAAGAACAAGAAGAACCCCAAGAUGCCUAAACUGGAAGCUUUUCUUCUCGACUUUGAUGAUGAAGUAAAUACAAUUGUUAAGAGGUUGAAUGAGAAGACCAAUAACCUUCUAAAAGACGCAGACAACCUGUACAACAUGACUCUGAUCAAGCUUCCCGUGGCAGUGCGACAGAUGAGCUGGAUUCAGUAUUAUGAGUCUGAAAAGCCAGAAACACCAGUGGAUGAAUCAAAGCAAAAGGAGGAAGCUGCUCAGGUGGAGCUCGCCAUCGCUCAGGAUCAUACAAUCCCUCCCAAAUCUACCAAAAAAGAUUCAAAGAAUAGUGAAAAGUCUGAGGAUGAAGCGAAUUCGGUGCUCAAGUCUACAAGCAGAAAGGGAAGAAAGAAAGCACCAUCGACUACCAAGAAGGCCAAAGCGCUCUCUGUGAGCAAGCAGAACGGCACAAUUAGAAAAUCCACCAGGAAGCCCCUGGUCACCCCAGCCAGAAGCUUCUUGGACUCGUCCAUCAUAGGCCCAACUCCACUCAUCACACCCCGAUUUGACUCCAGGUUGCCCAAGACCCCAGCAGUACGAGUUCCUCGUCACAGAGAGAAGGUGUACAGCAUCUCUGUGAAUGGCUCUCCCAUCGCUGGAGGCACAGAGGAUAUCAUCAUCAAUGUCCCUCUGGGCAACGGAGAGUGCAUUCAGCUGCUGGCCAGCGAGAUGGAUUCUGUUGAUCUGAGUCAGCUGGACGCGAACGCCAUUCACAGCAUCAGGCAGCUGCAGAAUCGUCUCACAGCUCUCUGUGGAACCUCAAAGUGAAGAGACGAAACGUGAUCAGCUUUUUCAGAGCUUUGUAUACACCACCCUGUAUUUUCAAUCUUUGUUUAUAUCUCUGCUUUUUCAAUCGUUGUUGUUCGGCUUUAUAUUUGUUAACCUCAUGCCUUUUUUUUUUCUUUCUUUUUAAUUCCAUCUCUUUUACCUGUUGUAUAUUGUCAUGGGCAUUUUCUCACUGUACGUCUAGUCAGAGUGGUCAGUGUACUGUUCAGUUAUGCAUUUUAUUUUGUAAAUAUGAUCCAAAAAUAGUAACCAGCUGUUUCUAGAGGAUUUAGUUUUUUGUAUUGAAAUGUCAUUUUCAUGAUAUUUAUCUGUAGUUCUGCUGUUUUUCUUGAGGAGCAGAAGUACUGCGUGUGACUGCCAGAGAGAGGACAACAUGUCACUACAGUUAGAUCUUUUAAAUGAAUUUUUCCGACCUUAUUCAGUCCCCUCUGAAAGUUUUGGAGCAGCUCGGACAAUUCUGUUGUUUUCUCUAUACAUUGAAGACAUUUGGGUUUGAGAUCAAAAGAUGAAUGAGACAAUAGAUCAGAAUUUCAGCUUUCAUUUCAUCACAUUUACAUCUAGAUGAGUUAAUCAACUUAAAACCUGUUCCAGAAGGAUCCAUGCAAGCCCAAGCUUAUGUUUUUGGAUCAAGAGCAGAUCCUUUCCUUCUCCACAUUUUGGCUUUCCAUCACUUUGCUAGAGGUUUAUCCUUUGUUUUUGAUCCUUUCUUCUCAGCUUCAAAAUCGCUUGAUUUUUCUCCCAUAGGUAGCUCUCUGAUCUUCAUGUAGGUUUAUCCUUUUUAACAACAAAUGCCGUCUUCACAGGUGAAACCUAGGGCUCAAUGUAUCUUUUGAUCUCAAACCCAAAUGUCUUCAAUGUAUAGCAAAAGCAAUAGAAUUGGCCUUGCUGUUCCAAUACUUUUGGAGGGGACCGUGUAAUAAUUAAAUAUGUAGGACAUUUAAAUCGAGCUUGUCUCUUUGUGGAUAACAUCCAGCUACAUGAACAGUGUGUGUGUGUGUGUGUGUGUGUGUGUGUGUGUAUAGACGAAUUCCAGCAUAUAAACAGCAUUUUAAAGUAAAUGCCAGCUUUGUUGUUGUUAUUGCUGCCACUUUCCCUGCUCUAUAAAUGGCAUAAAAAAAAAACCCCUCUAAAUACUAAAGUUGAUUUGGCCAUCUGGUUUGCUCAGCAGUGCAUUUGUGAUCUGCAAACCAUCACGGUGUGGUUUUUAGGCUAUAAGAAGUCACAGCUACACUGAUCAAAUGUGAAGGAAACAGGAAACUUUCUAAAGUAAAACAAACUCUCAAUUUUAAAUCCCCCAUUUAAAAAAAGAUGACAUCACACAAGAAGUACAUUUGAAUUGAUUACAUGGCAGCACCAUCAGAAUGAAGGAUUUCUCCUCUUCAGUGUCCAGACUCAGUGAUUUUGAUUAUUUUUUUAUAUAUUAAAUCAAAUCUAGGCAUGUCAUGGGACUUUUUGAGCAUAAACAGUUUUUUUUAAAAAGCCAUUUUGACAAUUCUGAUUUUAAUAACUCUGGGCAGUAACCUUUUUUCCUGUGUGUAAAGGUGUCAUGUGAUACAUUAAAAUGUAAACUUGAUGCUCUUGUGUGUUUAAAAUCAUAAGUGAGGCUGCGCUAUUUUUGUAGUUUGGCUCGAAGUCAGUGCACGUAUUAAGCCGGGUUCACACUGUACAGUUUUGAGCACGAUUUGGUCGUCUGAGACAAAUUUGGAGAAGCCUAAAAGAUUCUUUUGAUCCUAGGCCAAAACCUGUAGCCGUUGAUGGCUAGUUUGACAUGUUCCUUGGAAGAGAGAGGUGUGGAAGUAACUUGCUUCAAGUAUUUGUGCUCUCUAGAUGUUCUUUGGUCAUACGUUUCUGUGUAGUAGCAUCUGAUGUGAUUUGCCUUAUCACUUUUGUUUACUUCUUUAAGAAAUGACAACAAAAUCCACCGCCUUUUUUUUUUUUUUUAUAGCCUUAUCCAUGAUGU